AUGAAAGGACUCUAUCCACUUCAAAUAAUUACUGAUUCUGAUAACAGAUUACUGAGUUAUGAACUCCAUACAGUUACAUGUAUAUCUAUUUUUAGCUUAUUGGUUCACAUCUAUGGCGGUCAAGAUCUAUUUGUGAAUGAGUACAGAACUUUAUUGUCUGACAGACUAUUACUAUCACUUGACUAUGAUGUCACAAGAGAAUUAAGGAACCUUGAGUUAUUAAAGCUGAGAUUUGGAGAGAGUAACCUCCAUUACUGUGAAGUGAUGAUUAAGGACAUCACAGACUCAAGGAGAGUGAAUGGACUCAUCAACAACAAACUAUCAAUCAAGAAACAGCAACAGGGUGAUGGUGAUGAUCAUGAAAAUGAUGUUAUUAUUAAUUCUUUCAUUCUUUCGCAUAUUUUUUGGCCUUCGUUUAGGAUAGAGACAAUGAAGCUACCAGCUUUUAUUCAAAAAAAGCUUGACGAUUAUAAUAAAUCCUUUCAAGAGAUAAAAGGGAUGAGGGAGUUGAAAUGGUGCCAUGAUCUUGGACAGGUUCAGCUGGAACUCGAAGUCAAUGAUCAGAUACUCAACUUUCAAGUGUCUCCAUCAAGAGCCAGUGUGAUAUGGCAGUUCCAGAAUAAAAGUGUAUGGAGCGUCGAGGACCUGAGUACUGAACUAGAGAGCACACCUUCAGUUAUAAGACGUCACUUGCUCUAUUGGGCGGGGCAGGGUGUACUCUGCGAAGAGAAGGAGGGUGAGGUUUUUAAGAUAUUUGAGAAAGAAGGAAUGGACGAUACUUAUCACGAAGGGGGCGUGUUUGAGGAAGAGUCGGCAAUGUCUUCCAUGAAAAGCCAAAAAGAAAACGAUUUAGAAGUGGUGUGGUCGUAUGUCACAGCCAUGUUAACCAACCUCGGUCCAAUGUCACUUGACAAGAUACACAACAUGCUAAGUAUGUUCAUGUUAUCAGGGCCGGGCGGAGGAGGAGGGGCGGGUCAGUCCAGCUGUACUGUAGCCGAAUUGAAGGCCUGCCUUGAUAAAAAGGUGAAGGGGCAGGAGCUGAUGUGUACUGGAGGAGUCUAUCAGCUUUGUAAGAAUAACUGAAGGGAAAAUUGAAAUGACAGAAAAUUAAAUUGAAUGACGUUUAGUUUAAUUGAUAUCAAUUGAUCUGUUUCUUGUUUUUAGUAUAAUUAUAUGUUACUUGAAUAAACAAUUUGGUAUCGUAA